GGGCUCUGCGGGAGGGGGACCGGCACCGGGACCGGGGUAUCACCCAGGCGCUGCCACCGCCGUGUCGUCGUCCCUCCCUCCGUCCGUCCGUCCCUCGCCGCCGCUGUCCGCGCUGUGGUGUGUUACCGUGCGGCGGGAGCGGUCUCGGGCAGCCCGAACCCGGUACGGGAAGCCGCCGGGCACCGACGGCUUCGGGUUUUUUCACUUUAACGUUUUGCUGCUUUAGCGAUGGAGUUUUUCUGUUUUUUCUAGGUAAAAUAACUCGUUGUUUUGCGGGAGGCACUGCUCACGUUGCCAGUAAGUGAAGUGCCCUCAAUCAGGAGUUAAAAAAAAAAAAAACAAACACCAAACAAAAAAUAACCAACAAAAAAAAAAAUCCAGGAGGAGAAGAUGGAGGAAGCAGAAGAGGAUGACAUGACAUGCGGAGACCUGGGAAACGGACUCGGGAGAAGACCUGGAGGCAUUUAUGAAGGGGAGAAUUUACAAAACUCCUAUUCAUUUAGAUCUAGGAAGGGAUCUGGAAAGGUUUGCAAUUCUCUCUUGUCAGCAAAGAGAGUGGAAGAAAACGAUGCUGCAGCUCUUCCCGGUUCAAAACGAAACAGUUCUUACGACGGAUCAUCCAAAAAGCCUGUUACCAGUUCCACGCAACAAAAUAGCUGUGCAUGUAAUACUGAAGUGUCAAAUGAAGAACUAAAGCAACAACUUCGGGAAGCUCUAGAGGAAGUUGAAAUUUUGAAGGUUGAGCUUGAAGCAUCUCAAAGACAGCUUGAAGGAAAAGAUGAAGCCCUAAGAAUUCUGCAGAGCAUGGCAGUGUUUAAUAAAGCCACUAGUCAUACAAAAGCAAUGCUUAAGAAAACUGAGGAAGAAAAGAGAACUUUAGAAAAGGAAAUAAAUAUUUUGCAAUGGGAAAUUGAAUUUGAUCAGGAUAGAUUUAAAAACAUAGAAGACACAUGGACAGAAAAAUAUGACAGGAUAUAUUGUGAAAAUGCAGCUCUUAAGGAAGCUUUGAAACUGAGAACAGAAGAAGUUAAAACUCUUAAAGCUGAAAACACAAUCCUGAAUCAGCAGUGUUUGGAAUUUCUUGCAAUGCUAGAUGUGAAACAACAGAAGGUUGUUCAGGAAAACAUGUCCUUGAAUAAAAGUGGCAUUACAGAUUUUACAGGUCUUGAACUGGCAGUUCUUGGAGCCUGCACCUGCAAUACAUCUGGAGGGCAACCUUGCCCCUGUGCUAAAAUGGCAGCUGUAACUCGAAAGCAGCUUCUUCAUCUCAAGCAAGAGAUUGAAAAUCUGAAGAAGAGUAAAGAUGAAGCUUAUGUAAUGGCAGAUGCCUUCAGAAUUGCAUUUGAGGAGCAGCUAAUGCAGAGGAAGGACCAAGCCCUGAGGCUUGCAGAAGUGAUAAAGAUUAAGAAGGAAACGAAAUUUAUGAACUGGAGACAUCUGAAAGACGAUGGACGUGUGAAGUUACAAGGGAACAAGAACAGUCUGGGGCAAAAACUCUCGGGCCUGCUCUCAUCAGAUGUGGACUGUAGGAAGGUUGAAGACCUAGACAAUCCUCAUGAAAUCCUGAAGAUCUUAAUAGAUUUGGUAAAUGAAAAAGAGGAGGCUCUGGCUCAUCAGAGGAAGGUUAGUUACAUGCUAGCUCGUGCAAUGGAGAUGAAAGAGGAUGUUUUGGAACAGGAUAGAGGAAGCGGCGUGCUGGCGAGUCAGCUCGAAGCCAGGGGGUCACCGGGCCCUGUACGCGCCUGCUGCCAAAACCUCCCUUCUCGAAACAGUAUUUCUUCAGUUCCUGGUGCGGAAGCACGUGAAAAUCCGGUAAAAACGCUUCAAAAGUCACACUCCUGGCCGUCUGAGACUACGCACCGUGACGAAAAUAAUCCAUGUGGAAAAGCCCACGGAACCGUAGUGAUCUCUACAUAGCCAUCUGCUGGAAUAAAUUUAUUUUCAAAAGAGGGAUCUUGUGGAAGUGCCUAGAAGAGUCCUGUGAUGACAUCACUGGGGGCCAAACUAGGGCAGUGCGCUAGCUGACGCCGCCUUUAAUGACACAGUAAUAGCGCGGCAACUGUUGCUUUGGCGAAACAGCCAGCUGUAAUUAAUUUAACAGUGGUUUCCCCACAAGACAAGCAGCCGCCG